AUGAAAACCGGUGAAGUAGUUACCAUCAUCACUCUCAUGUAUCUCUUCAUAAUUAGAGUAUCCACAGGGUCAAGAUUAUGCCUUAUACCAACAAAGGUCUUGACACCGUGGACGAGACUAGCUCCAAGGGACAUAAUAUGUCCUAUGAAUGAAAUACAAUUGAGUCAAACAUCCUCUGCUCCCUCCUCCACCACUGUUGACUUAGACACAACAGAUGUAUUUUCGGAGAAGAAGAUCAUGGGGACAUCGUCCACUCUCAUGCAGUUUGAGACGUGUUGUGUGAAUAACCCAUUAUGGAUGUCGGAUGAGAUAACUCAUAAGUCCCAGAUUAUCGAGUCAUCUACGUUCCAGGAGGUAUCUGAAGGGAUUCCAACUCAUCCUGACCCGGCCUGCAAGAGGGAUAUGCUAUCCAAGACAGUUAACUGUGAAUCACGGGUGUUCAAGAUCGACAAACAGGAUUUUAUUCAUUAUUCCCCAAUACAUGGAUUCCCACAUAACCUGGAUUGUGACAUCAGUCCUUCCGGGAUAAUAACAUGUAAAAAUAAGUUGAGACAUUCUACCUUUGUCGGUACUUUCCCAUCAGUCCCUGGGAAAUCCAAAAAUUGUCCAAUCAAGUGGACCAAAACUGAUAUAAUAAUCCAUAAGGAGGGCACAGAGCAUUAUGUAGAUUACAAAGAUAUAAGGUUGGCUCGAAGUAAAGUAGUCUGUAAAUUGGAGAUCUGUGACAAGACAUGGGUUGGAUUAUCCCUGGGUUUAUUAAUUUUGGCCCCAAGCUCGGUAGUGUCGCCAAUGUCUUUAGCCAAAUGUGGGACAAAAUUUAAUUACGCCUUUGACAUAACCGCAUCACAACACGAGGAAAUUAAAACAGGUCUCAAGGAGCUGAAGACAAACGAUAGGUGCGAGUUAUUGAAGCAGUCGGAGGACGACCUGGAAAUAUUAACAUUCCUAAUACUCGAGUGGAAUACAUUUUAUCCCCAGAGGCCUGGGGUUCACCAAUCUUAUAGGGUGGAUGGCAAGGUCGUUUAUUACUCCAAUCAGUUAUUUGAAUUAGUGAAUGAGACAGAGAUAUAUGACCCUUUGGUAUGGGACACAUGUACGAUAUGUGGCAUCAGGAUGGAAAAUGGUUCAUUGCAUAUUAAGGGGUCGGUACUGAACAAGAAUGUCUCAACCUUAAUUAGGUUGGCUUGUUCAGAGUCAAUUGACUUGAUCACUGCAAUUAAAAUAAAGGAGAACUUGAAGGAUCUAUUUAUUCAAGGGACAACUGGGGACUUCGAAUGA